AUGACAGACUACUUCAAACCCACGCCCAAGCUGACCUCCACGCUUCCACUUGAGAAGGGAACUGCUCCCGUAGUGACGGGAGAUUCGAAGCGAGUGCUGUCACCUCCCCGUCUGGGCUCGCCUCUUUUCGCAUCCCCCAAACCGGAAAGCGAGGCAGAUGGUCGCUUUGACAGCGACCGACAAGAGGAUGGUCAGUCUUCCCGUAAGUACUCUUCCAGGAACACACCGUUCUCUAUCGCUUCGCUAGAGACGAAUGCAACCAAUCCUGAAGUCUCGGAGGCGCAAGCGGUGCACAUGUACUCGCACCAGAACUCGUCGCUGUUGAUGGUCAACAACAGCUCGGGUCGGCCGUCCGAGGCGACUGAUAGCCCCCAGGAAGGACAGGAUGAUCGAUUUCAUUUGCCGAGCAUACAACCGCAAACCGUCCAGACCACGCCGGCCCCAGAAAACGACGUGCCGAUGACUCCUCCACAGCCCACCUUUCUGCUGGAGGAUGUCGACUCGCCGCUUCGUAACCCCAGGGCGCCUCCUGAGCCACCGGUCGAGCCACCUGCCAUCACUUUCACUUCGGCUACACCAUCAGGAGCAACGCCGGCUCCAGAUAAGGCUUUGCAGCUCGGCAACUACUUUGACACCAUGGCCGAGAUGCCUUCGCCUGAGCGCCGACGUUCCAUCGUGGGGCGGGCCUUUAAGCGUGGUCGGAACGACUCGACGUCCUACCCCCCGAACUCCUCACGAUCAACAGGUCUUCUGAAGAGGGCCUUUUCUCUCUCACGGAGGAGAAAUGCCUCGAACCAUCGCCUGAGCUAUAGUAUGGAGUAUCCAUCGGAAGUCAUGACACCUCCAGAAGAGGACAAGCUUCAUCCCUUCUGGCGUUCGCAAUUCGACGAUGAUGACUCUGACGAUUGGGACGAUCGGUUUGAUGGACGGGACGAAGAGCACGACGAGGAAGAUGAAGGUCAUAUGCGGUAUCCGCCUAUCGACAACCGACCAUCCAAGCCAAAGCGCCGCUUCAGUGAGAAAAUGAAGCGCACUUUCGCCAUCAUGCCAAUCCGGGACGACGAGGAGCACAGUGCUGACGACGUCUACGGACCCGAGCGACGCACGAUUCGUCGAACGCCUAGCGGGAAUCUGCGCGUGAUGCGUCGUCGCAACAGCGCCUCAUCCCUACGACGACGCUUCAGUCAGUCAGACCGGCCUGAGGCAGCGCCCGAAGAGGAUCGUAGCCGGGGCUUCUGGCGCGGCAUAAGCUCGAGUGGACGGACAAGGUCAGAGAGCCGGAGGAGGUUCUCUCUUGGCGACCAGUUUGAAGAAAUUCAGAACCUAUCCAGGAAGCUGAGUGACAGACGACGAGAGAGGCGCACACGAGAGCUGCGCCAGAAAAUCAGUGGCCCUCGAGAUGUACGCGACGGCGUUGAGGAAAUGAUCAGAUCCAGCAACCAAAGGGAACACGAUGAGGAGUACGACCCAGGCGUAUAUCAUCGCGUCAUAUGA